UUGGAGGGUGGCAGCAAACCAACUUGUGUGAUUCGGAUCGGUAUCGACAGCCAGGACUUAGUGAUAUUAUUUCAUUCUCAAUCUAGAUCUCUAGAUUUAAAUCUACUCUAAGUGACUGAGCGUAAGCGUGAAAUAGUCUAGAUCUCCAGUAAAUGGAAUAUUGUAAUAACAGAAAUUCACAAAGGUUAAAAUAAAAUAAUGGAAAGCCAACUUCCAGAUAGUCAUAAAAGCAGUCCACUCAAUAAUUUGCCAUCAAUGAAAUGUAAUCAGGAGAUAAGCCCAGCAUUACAGGAGAGACUGAAAAGGUGUGGCCGCUAUCAUUUAGGAACUCCUAAAUCACACUCGCAAACUCUGUCUGUAGGGGAGUCACAAGCUUCUAAUAAAUCUGAAUCCUUAUCUUGUGAAACAAAUUUUAUCAAAAAGAGAAAAUUAGCAGAUAUUUCCUGCAGUGCUUCUCUUGAGCAAAAAUUCGUAUCGGAUUCAUUGUGUACACCUUCGCAACUUGUGUUACAAAAUAUUGAAGGCAAAACACUACAAAAUGAAUUUACUGAAAAAUCCUUAACUCAAACCUACAACAACAGCAACACCAGUCAACUUAAAGAACUAAAAGAUAAUUUAGAAUCAGUGUUGAAAGAAAAAAAUGAGCAGUUAAGAAAGUUGAAAAUGGUAAAAAUGUACAGAGAAAAGAACAAUUUAACAGAUCUUCAAGCUUUGAUAGACAAAUGGAGAGAGGUUUCCCAGAAGGCACUUGGAGAUUUAUUAGAUGCUCACCCUGAACCCAAACCCUCAAUGACUCAGCUCAUUGAUCAUCUCCUUAUUGACCAUGAUCUUAUACAAUACAAUGCAGAUGAAGAAGGAUUUUCAUAACAAUGUAGUCAUUAUUGCUGUUUUUGUAAUUACUGUUUCUAUUUUAUUCUACAUAUUAAAUACUAAGUUGUA